GUCCAACGUAAUCUGUAGCUUCAUCUCCAAAACAGAUCCAAGCGAAGUGCGUGCUCUUCAAUAAGUUGAACAGAACCACCGGGCCCUGAUUUGCAAGAUCAUCACACCUGCCGCAACAGCUCGGGAAAGUAACGACUGGAAAAUAUCCACCUCCAGCCGCGUCCAUCAUUUCUGAGGCCUCUUUACCUCGCUUUCCCCUAAAACAUCAAGACCAGGGGGCAAUAUAGAACGCCCAGCUUGCUACGCGUCAACGUUGUUGUACUCGUAAUCCGAAAGUACAAGAUGGACGCACAGAACCAACAAGGUCGCCCGCAGCAACCUGUUUACGACACCAGCCAUGGCGGUCACUACGGAGCCAGCGCUACGCUCUCAGCUCAAGGGUUUGCACCUGCCGAGCUGUACACGGGUCCUUGGGCCAAUGUUCAUCAAGGUCUGACAGGCCAAUAUAAGGAUAUAUUGACCACAUACUGGCAACAAACUAUCAAUCACCUUGAGAGUGACACCCACGACUACAAGCUCCAUCAGCUACCCUUGGCCCGGAUCAAGAAGGUGAUGAAGGCUGACCCCGAUGUCAAGAUGAUCUCAGCGGAGGCUCCAAUUCUAUUCGCCAAGGGCUGCGACAUUUUUAUCACCGAGCUGACCAUGCGAGCAUGGAUUCAUGCGGAAGAAAACAAGCGUCGGACGUUGCAGAGGUCUGAUAUUGCGUCUGCUCUUGCCAAGUCGGAUAUGUUUGACUUUCUCAUCGAUAUUGUGCCGAGGGAAGAGGCUUCUGCGCAGGCCAAACGAACCGCAGGUCAAAAUGCGGCUGCACAGCAGGGCGUGCAUCAAGCACCACCGGCUCAGCUCCCUGGCCAGCAUGUACCCCAGGCUCCAAACCAUGCAUCGUCUUCACACCAAAUGGCCCCUUCGGACUAUGGCCUCGGAGCUCAUGCAAUCGCUCCCGAGCAAGAUUUCAGGCAGCCACCGAACAUGUACCCCGGCUCGGUUCAGGCCAACCCAUCAGCCCCCUACGGCCAGGCUCAACCACCGAUGUACGGUGAGAUUGAGGGCAUGUACGGCUAUGGAACUAUGCAAGCCCAACAGGCACCUAUGUCAUCGGAGGAGUUCGAAUGAGCCAGGUCGGCCACAAACAUCAUACGCAUGUUGUACAGCGUGGGGCCGGCCUGAUGCUGCAGGCCUCGCCAUCACAAGGCUUAUGAAAUGACUGUCGAAAGCAAUGUUUGUCGUACGUGGCGUCCGGCGUUGAGACUUUCAGCACCUUGGCAUUCCUCUGCCUUCAGCCGCGAAGGGCUCGGUGUUCUUUCUUUCCUCCUUGUUUUCCUUGUGUUUCGGAGUCUCCCUACAUGAACCCCUCUGCUGGAUUUAUUUCAUCAUGCCAAAGCGAGAGGAGAAAUUGGACAGGGGAGCUGUGCGCGUUAGUGGCGCUGCCUGUGUUGUGAGUCUGUGACUUGGUCAGCUUCAUGUGCCAUCGCAAUUUGCCUGGCGUCAAUAUCAACAUACUUCUC